CUCUGCACGUCCUGCCCCGCCGGAAGUGGAGGCCACGGGCUCUGAGCUGGUGAGGCGCGCGGAAACACCGGCGCCGGGAUUCGGAUGGGGGCGGGGGCGGCCGCCGCAGCUGGGGCCAUUUGAGGGGAGCCCAUGGGGCCUGAAGGGCAUCUGCCAGGCGCCCCUGCCCGGAUGGCAACAGUAGUUCUAGGAGGAGACACCAUGGGCCCUGAGCGUAUCUUCCCCAAUCAGACUGAGGAAGUGGGACCACAUCAGGGCCCUUCAGAAGGCACUGGGGAUUGGAGCAGUGAGGAGCCUGAGGAAGAGCAGGAGGAAACGGGGUCAGGCCCAGCUGGCUACUCCUACCAGCCCCUGAACCAAGAUCCUGAACAAGAGGAGGUGGAACUGGCACCAGUGGGGGAUGGAGAUGUAGUUGCUGACAUCCAGGAUCGAAUCCAGGCCCUGGGGCUUCAUUUGCCAGACCCACCAUUAGAGAGUGAAGAUGAAGAUGAGGAGGGAGCUACAGCAUUGAACAACCACAGCUCUAUUCCCAUGGACCCAGAACAUGUAGAGCUGGUGAAGAGGACGAUGGCUGGAGUAAGCCUGCCUGCACCAGGGGUUCCUGCCUGGGCUCGGGAGAUAUCGGAUGCCCAGUGGGAAGAUGUGGUACAGAAAGCCCUCCAAGCCCGGCAGGCAUCCCCUGCCUGGAAGUGACCACAGUGAGAGCUGCCUUAUCUUCCUACAUUCCAGGCCAGAACCAGCACAGGACUGAACACAUCCCUGGUUGUAAUGUCUAUUUCCAUCUUCCCCAUCUCCCUUUCCACAUCAAGGCACAUCAGACUUCUCAGAGACCCACUUUAUUCAGUUCUGUACAUAUGGGGACAUCGGUCCAAGCCCAACCCACCUUAGCAUGUAUCACUCUGUGGAGAAUAAAGCACCCUAUGUACACAGCCAAAAGCCA